AUGACGGAAUCAUCCCGCGCUGCAGAAGCAAGUGCGGUGCCUGCAGUCUCUGCGGAGCAAUGUGACAAGCUGCAGGUGUCGCUACAGCAGCUACUCAGAGUGAUCACAGACCUUCUGGACUCACUUGAGCAAGGUGAAGCAGAUGAGGCCCUCAGGCAGAAGCUUGCAAAGUACGUCGCCGUGUUAGCAGAGGUCGACCAGCGGGCAGCCUCGUUGCCACCGCUUGAGGUGCCAGUUGCGGUGCUGCAGCAUAUGGACCAGGACGGUGCUUCUCCGGCAGUCUGGUGCCAGAGCCUCCUGGAUCGUUUGAAGAACGGAAUGGAGGGCUUCAAGCAGCGAAAGGCACCCGUGGCGUCCUUGAGCAGGCACCUGCGAGCACAAGGUUGGGGCCUGGCCUCCUUGAACAGCCUCUCGCGCCAGCCAUCUGAAGCCGAGGGCCAGGUCGCCGAGAACGUGUCGGAAAGGACGGCCAAAAAGCGACCGUUGGAUUCACUGGCGCGCGGCGGUUUGGGAUCUGCCGAAGAAAAAGCCAUCAAGCUGACCUUG